AUGCCCUCCUUCCCGAUUCCGCCUGCCCCUCGUCCCUCACCCGCGCGUCCCUCUGCCCCCCUCGUCGCGCGCGGGGUGCGCUGCUGUCACGCGCCUCCUCCCCCCCCUCCAUGCGUGCCAUUUUGCGGUCUGCGCUGGUUGCUGAACUUGUCUCGUCGUCGUGCUCCCUCUCACACUUUCCCUCCGCCUCUUAUUUCUCCCCUCAACGACGCAGCAGCAGACUACUCCGCCCAUAUUCUUCCGCCUCUUAUUUCUCCCCUCAACGGCGCAGCAGCAGACUACUCCGCCCAUAUUCCUCCGCCUCUUAUUUCUCCCCUCAGCGGCGCAGCAGCAGACUACUCCGCCCAUAUUCCUCCGCCUCUUAUUUCUCCCCUCAGCGGCGCAGCAGCAGACUACUCCGCCCAUAUUCCUCCGCCUCUUAUUUCUCCCCUCAGCAGCGCUGCAGCAGACUACUCCGCCCAUAUUCCUCCGCCUCUUAUUUCUCCCCUCAGCGGCGCUGCAGCAGACUACUCCGCCCAUAUUCCUCCGCCUCUUAUUUCUCCCCUCAGCGGCGCAGCACCAGACUACUCCGCCCAUAUUCCUCUGCCUCUUAUUUCUCCCCUCAGCGGCGCAGCAGCAGACUACUCCGCCCAUAUUCCUCCACCUCUUAUUUCUCCCCUCAGCGGUGCAGCAACAGACUACUCUGCACAUAUUCCUCUGCCUCUUAUUUCUCCCCUCAGCGGCGCAGCAGCAGACUAUUCCGUCCAUAUUCCUCCGCCUCUUAUUCCUUCCCUCAGCGGCUCAGCAGUAGACUACUCCGCUGAUCAUUCCUCCUCUUAUUUCUCCCCUCAGCUCCUCAUUAGCAGACUACUUUGCCGUAUUCCUCCCCCUCUCAUUUCUCCCCUCAACUGCUCUGCUUCCGUCUCCUUCCCCUCCUAUGGCGCCCAUUCUUACGACUCCCUCUCUUCCUUGCUGCUACCGCCCUCUUUCUCCUGCUGCUGUCCCUUAUCCUUUACCCCUCCUUCCUCUACCCUACGUGUCAUCCGCUCCCCUCUCUCCCACUUGGACCUCUCCUCCUGUCUCUUUUCUACAGUCUCACCACCGUUGCCAGUUCCCUGCCCUGCCAUCGCUUUCCAUUGCGACUCCUGCUGCUGA